CCUUUUAACAAGUAAGUAAUAAGGCUGUAUCUCGCGCACUGCCCGGUAGUUUGAUAAAGGCAUGCGCGCGCGCGGCCGUUUCAGUUAUGGCGCGCGUUCGGGAUUUGCUGCUAGUUCUUGCAUUAACAUGUGUGACCGGAGAGGAGGUUGCGUCCACGCCAAAACCUAUUAAGGUUCUGGACACAAUUAUGAAUCCAUCAUACAUCCCGGCAGAAGAGAAACAUGGGUUUUAUUGGAAGAAAUCUGCCAUUACCACCUUGAAAUCCAAGCUGAAAGAGACAAAAAAUGUAAAUAAGGCGAAAAACGGAAUCCUGUUUAUCGGCGAUGGAAUGUCCGUGGCCACUGUGAUGGCGGCGAGGACCUUCUCUGGGCAACUGGAGCGAGGGUUAGGAGAAGAAUCAGUAUUGGAGUUCGAGAAAUUCCCAUUCACGGGACUAGCAAGGACAUACUGCAUUGAUGCCCAAGUGCCUGACUCAGCGUGUACGGCAACGUCGUAUCUGACCGGUGUAAAAACAAAGUAUGGAGUCAUCGGUUUGGACGGGAACGUCACUAGAGGUUCCUGCCACUCACAGCUGCAUAGAGGAAAUUGGGCACCCUCCAUCGGCCAAUGGGCUUUGGAACAAGGAUUAGAUGUUGGUUUGGUGACAACUACAAGGAUAACACACGCUUCACCCGCGGGAAUGUAUGCACACACGUCAGAGCGUAACUGGGAGUGUGACGCCGAUGUCCCUAAGGAGUGUCUUACGUUGGGUUGCCGGGACAUCGCAUACCAACUCGUGAUGGAUAAUCCAGGUCGACAGUUCAAGGUGAUAAUGGGAGGCGGAAGAAGGGAAUUGCUUCCUAACGUAUCAGAUCCUCUAGUGAAGACUGUUGGCAGAAGAUUAGACGGUCUGGACCUUACUGAGAUGUGGCACGUAGACAAGGUCAACAAAAAUGCUACACAUCAAUACAUUACUGACAGGAAUGAACUAAUGAAGGUAUUCAACUCCGAUGAUCUUCCAGAGUACCUUUUAGGCUUAUUCAAAGACGACCACAUGGACUACCAUUUGAAAGCCAAAGAUCAACCGACGCUUGAGGAGAUGGUGGAAGUGGCAAUCAAAAUGCUUAGCAGAAGUAAACGGGGAUACUUUUUAUUCGUUGAAGGAGGUCGAAUAGACCAUGCACACCACGACAGCCUAGCACAUCUAGCUUUAGAUGAAACAGUAGAGUACUCCAAAGCUGUAAAGAAAGCCAAACUCCUGACCAAUGCGGAGGACACUCUAAUAGUCGUUAGUUCAGACCAUGCGCACACUAUGACGGUCGCAGGAUACCCCUCGAGAGGAAACGAUAUACUUAGUACAGUUGACACAGCAACCGGUGAUGAUAGAAUGCCUUACACGACUAUAAGUUAUGCAAACGGGAAGGCGGCCUCUAUUGGAGCUGAUGGGAAACGAAUCGAUGUCACGUUGAGUCAGCAGUUUUUGAAUCGAGACCUUGAAUAUUCAUACCCAAGUCUGGUGCCACUGGAUUCUGAAACUCACGGCGGAGAAGACGUGGCGGUCUUCGCUUCAGGACCAUGGGAACACCUAUUCACCUCUAGCUACGAACAAAACGUAGUACCUCACCUUAUGGCCUACGCGAUGUGCCUCACUGAAGACAAACAUGAACAAUGCAAUUAUACACCGAGAAAGCCCAAGUUUUGGACGUCGAGUGCAUCGACUACAAGAGUCAGUUUAGUUCCUUACGCCUUAAGUAUAUUGACUGUGAUAACCAUGUGUUUAUAGAAAGUAUUAUUUUUUAUUAAUGUGUACAAAAAUAUUACCAACGGUAAUAUCCGCCUGAUGAAGCACAAUUGAAAUGUUUUCGUGUAAUUACCUUAACGAUGCUUUUAAAGAUUUAGGUACUUUUAAAUAUUGUGACUAAGAAAAUUAGAUUAGUUAUAAAGAGAAUUUUAUGUACGUAUGUUAUAUACAUUUUAAAUAUUUGUAGAUUGAAUGUACAAUCAAGAAAUUUCAAUGCAGAUUUGUUAAGUCUUUUAGUUAAUCAGGAAGUAUUUAAAUUAAAACCCAAAGCACUAAAAAAGCACCUCCACUAGAUAGCGAGUCUAGCAAAAGUUGAUUUUUGCAGGAAACAAAUGGAAAAACUGAAAUUUGAAAAGAUCGUAACUUAGAUAUCAAUACAAAUACGAAAAAGUACAGAUAGAAUAUGAGUUGUUUAUCGGGUCUUGAAAACUAAUUUACUUUUAAAUUGAAAGAAAAUCGGAAAGGUUGUUAUGGAGAAAUCAACAACGUACCGUAGCGAAAUCUAGUUUGAUUUCGGGAACUAGUAUUUUUUUUUUUAUACUUCCUCAUUUGGUUUGAAAUUAUUUUAUACGAUUCUAAUAUAUCCAUUUGGAGUUAAUAUAGAAUUUUCAUGUUAUGAAUUUGCCAAAUUCACGGUAAAAUUUAAAGUGAACAAAACCAAUUUUUUUGUACAAAUAUUGGCAGUUAGGUAUUAUAAAACUUAUUUGUUAAGUGCCUUAAAAAAUUUCCUUAAGAUACAUAUGAAUAUUGAAUUUUCUAUCUUUUGUUUAUAUUUGCUUUUGUACUUACUAAUAAUAGGGAUGAUGACUGGGU